AUCAACAUUAGUACAUCUUUCCAGUCUCAAAGAAAACAUUCUUCUUCUUCUUCUUAGAGAGAGAGAGAGAGAGAUUAAUAUUUUCUUGUAAGGAGAGAAUGAAGAUUGAUGUUGAAGUAACCAACAAAUUUACCAUAAAGCCCUCCUCCGCCACCCCAUCCCACCUCCGCCACUACCAACUCUCAUUUCUUGACCAAAUCGCUCCCCCGGUGUUCAUGCCUCUGGUUCUCUUUUACCCGAGGGACGUAAAUGACAAUCUCGACAACUCCGAGAAAUCCAGCCACCUUAAAAAGUCCCUCUCAGACGCCUUAACCCGGUUCUACCCCCUCGCCGGGCGCAUGGUCGACAACCUUUACGUCGACUGCAACGACGAGGGAGUGCCCUACGUGGAAGCCGAGGCAAAAUCCCGCCUUUCCGAGGUGAUUUCCGACCCGAUCCCCGGUGAAAUGAAUCAGUUCCUUCCGUGUGAACUCGACGAUGUUCGGGACCUCCUCCUGGUUAUUCAGGUCACCUUCUUUGCCUGUGGUGGCAUGGCGGUUGCCGUCGGCAUUUCUCACAAGAUAGCCGAUGCCCUGUCCUUGUUCAUGUUUAUCAACGGCUGGGCCGCCACCGCCCACGGCGACACCAACAUCCCCGUCCCGCAGUUCGAGUCCGCCACCAUCUUCCCUCCGAUGGACACGACCGGGUUCACACCCAGCACCGGAAUCGCCAAGUCCGACAUCGUGACAAAGAGGUUCGUGUUCACGGCCUCCAAGAUCUCCACUCUCAGAGAAAAAUUCAGCAAAAACAACACUACCACAGAGGGAGGAGAGCUGGGAAACUACUACAACUCUUCUAGACGCCCGACAUCUCGGGUAGAGGCGCUGUCGGCUUUCAUUUGGACUAGGUUUAUGGUUGCAACUCAGGCCUGUGAAAAAAAGGCGGACAAAAUCUACAGCUUGCUUCAUGCGGUGAACCUACGGCCGCGGGUCAAUCCGCCGUUGCCUGAGAGUUAUUUUGGAAACAUUAGCCGGCUUGCAAUUGCGGUACCGUCCAUGGAGGGUGAAGGAGAUGGCAACGGGGUUGUGAACCAAGUUAGAGACGCGAUAAGGAAAAUCAACGGAGAUUACGUUGCGAAGCUCCAAGAGGGUAACAGCCACUUGAACUUCGUGAAAGAAAGGGCUAAACAAACCACGACGGGGGAGGUGGUCUCGUUCAGUUUCACUAGCCUGUGCAGGUUCCCGCUGUAUGAACCCGAUUUCGGGUGGGGAAAGCCGGUGUGGGUCGGCUCCAUGAGCCUGACUUUCAAGAAUCUCGUUGUGUUCAUGGACACCCGAACGGGGGACGGGAUCGAGGCGUGGGUGAACCUGAAGAGGGAGGACAUGGCCAAGUUCGAAACGGACGCGGAGUUUCUCGAAUCCAUUUCGCCGGCGUCUCCGACUGCUAUAAUCGGCAGCUGGUUUUAGGCUCCAUGCAUGUUUUGGAUGACAAGUCAGCUAGACAGGGUUUUAUGUCUUAUCAGUAUAAAAGUUGGUGUUUUUUUUUUUUUUUAAUCUUGUUUACAUAGAAGCUUCUCUGAAGUAUAUAGAAGCUUCUUCUUUUUUAUUUUUUUAUUUUUAUGGUGGGUGUUGGAAUAAGUUUGUUGACGGAAAUCAACAGGAAACAAUCAUGUAAACUUGCAUUGCUUCAUUUUAAUCAAUAUUUUUGUGCAUUUGGUUUA